AUGGCAUAUCGAGUCGACAGCUACCACAUUAACAUAGGGGUAGGGGACGCGGCUAUUCAUGUCCUAGCCAAGCCAAACAUCAACAACCCAGCAAUCUUGCCUGAGUGUGUCAAGGUGGUCUGGAUCGACGCAGGAAAGAGAGGGGGCAGCAGCAAAGUUAUCACCACCUUAGAAAACAUCAAACCCCUGUAUCAGGCUCGCGCAGGUGGUUUCAAAAUUGAUGUUGUCAUCGUCACACACUGGGAUGGUGACCACUAUGGCGGCUUCAACUCGUUCAUGGAACAGACUGCUAUGGUCGAAACCUACUUCCGUUUUGGCGUCGACACACCCCGAACCAAAUUCCUGACAUCGGCAUGGAUGAUUGAUAAAUGUUCAGGGUUUGUGAAGGGUGUCAGAGGCAACGAUGGCACGUUGAAAUUCAGAAAUAUUGUGGUUGCUGAUGUUUACUACGGAACAAGCCUGCUAGGCGCCGACAUAUUUUCAGACACAGAUCUGGAGAAGGACUGGCCUGGUCAGCUGACUCCAGGUUCUGUAACGAAUAUCGACGUCUUAACUCAGGCCAUGGCUGGUGGAGGACGACCUGCCAUGUUCUGCGUUGCCAUUGAGGGGAAACUGAUCGGUCCUUCAUCAAAUCAGACUGGAGUCGCGGCUGGGAUCAUGUGGCCAGAUAAAGUGACUUUGACGAACGAGGCUUCCCUCGCGGCCGUCAUUGCCUGGCCUAACGGCAGAGUUUCGCAUUACUUCGCAGGCGACUUGAACGCAGCAGCAGAGUCUGCCCUCGUUGCAUGGCUCAGACCAGCCUGGGACAGCGGUGGACGCAUUCCUUCCAUGAAAUAUUGGGAGCUACUCAUGUACAUUGCAUGCUAUUUUGCAAAGUCCAAGGCAGAUCGCGGUCCUCUUUUAUUGACAUGCUAUCCUCGGUGGAUGGAAAGUGAUUGGGUUGUAAAAGUCACACAAUUCAAUCUAUGGUACUUUGGUACCGAAGCGGACAAGGUCAAAGACGCUGAUCGGCGGGACAAGAUCGCGAAAUACACCGCAAUAAUGGACGCGGAGAAUUUCCGGCCCUGGCACGAUUUGAAAGCCAGACUGAAGACAGCAGGCUUCUCUUUGAACAAAGCUUUUGCAGAACUCUUAACUGUUCUCACCACCCACGUCGGCAGUAUAUUUGCCCAUCCGAACAUUGACUCGAAUUUGAUCCGAGGCGAAAAUGCGCUCAUAUAUCUCAAAGUAGAGUCGGUCGAAAAUGCUGAGAUGGACGGACGCAGAUCUUCCUACUAUAUCGAGGAUGAGGACAUAAAAAUGUACGAUGAUCCAGACCGCAAUCCCACGCUCUCAGCACCGAAAGUUAGGGAUCUGGGCAUUUACUCACGUACUCGGCGGAAAACGGGAGCUUCGAUUCGUUUGAAGCUGCUGAGUUUGAAAGCGGAUAUGAAGCCAAUUAAAAAGAAGGCGGUUGUGGUGGCAUUGAAGAACAAGAAGAAAAAGCCCAAAGGGACAAUUGGGAUCUUUGCUCAAAUGGCAAGCAGACCUCUGCCUUUGUUGAGCUCAACAUUCAUAUCUACCAUGGCCUUAGACGACAAUAUCCCCACUGCUAUGGCUGAGGCGACAUCUUCCUCUGGAUUCACCAUUAUAGCAAGCACAAACGAUCUAGCGGUCUCUGCAAACGAAGGUAUCAAGUUACAGGAUGCAGAUGAACUAGACAACUUCGUUUCGAUGCUACGGACCGCAUCGAUCAGUCUGGAGAAGAGACCGACAGCCGAACCAGUCUCCUUGAAGGCCACAGACAGCAUCAUGUUGUGGAUGAAGAUUACUCUUCAAGCAACAGACAUGAAGUUGACAGGCGAAGAUUUCCGCAACCUCUCCAUCAUCACCUCCCAUAACAUCACCUUUGAUACUGCAUGUGCAGCAGGGGCUCUGAAGCUCGACUCGGGACCUGGAAAACUUCGUCCUGAUGGUCUACUGCCCGAGUUCAGCCACACUGUCAUGGUUUUUGGGCUUGUCAAACCAGUGUCCCCUUCUAUCUGGUCAUUCAAAGAGAUAUGUGAUUAUCAGACACAGUUGUGCCCAGGAGCCACUGUCAACAAAGCAGGUGGCCUCGAUAUCAUCAAAACAGCCUUCGGAACGACACAAUGGAUCCUAAGCGCCGAAGAUGGCAACCGCAGUGCUGUUUGGUUUGCCCCUGAUGUCAAUUACAACACAAGUCUACGCUUGGAGUUUACGCCCAGUGACAGUAUAUCAGACAGCUUCAACUCUCUCAUGAGGGACUUUUGGCCGCCGUCUAUCAAGUUGGAAAUUCAACAACCCACACUGAUUGCUCGCUGCGAAUCAUGGAUCGGGACAGACUUUUUGGAGAACGGCCAAACAACUACCAACGUCAAAGUUCUCUCCCGCACCGGUUUGAUGAUUACGGCGUUGCUAGUCACCAAGAUCGAAGACGCCGAUCUUAAACUGCAAGUAAGCUUAGCACUGGACAAUUCGACAGGCAUAACUUUCACCGUCACCUCUCAGGACAAGUCCAAUGAUGUGAAGAAGUUUGGACAAGCUCUAAUUGACAAGAUCUCGGGUGUCGACUUACCGAAGCUGGACCGGGCCGUUCCUCAGGAGAUAACCAAAUCUGGAAACGACGUGGAUGACCAAAGCCGUGUUAUGUUCCGCCAGCUACAGGUUUUUCUAACCGACAGAGGCAAAUUCAGCGGGAUCAAGCUAGGGAUCGAAGUAGAUGCUGCGCUCGGAAGGGAGGCCAAUGAUGAGAACCUCGACCAUAUCUCCAUUUAUCUAGAGGGAGGUUAUCGUGUGGGCAGAACAGGAGGAUUUUACUUGUCAGGCAAACUAUGGUUUCCGAUCGACCUAGGGCCAGACCUUCGUGAAGCCGCCUUCAGCGACUGGGAGAAAUCAACCAGUCUCCAGAUCCUCACGCCCAAACCUGCGGCAUGCCUGUCGUUGAAGAGUUUGCUUCCAGACGCACUCGAUUUGGACAACUUUCCUUCCAACAUCCCACAGUUCGUCACAAAUGCUCAAUUCCGUGUGGCUUCCAAGUACGUUUCUGUCUCUGCGACGAUAGAAGCCUGUGAAUCUUACCAGGAUCCCGGAGGAGCUGCGAACCUCCCAUCCUUGAAUUUCGAGGAGGUGUCACUGAGUGCGACAUGGGACCAUGGAGCCAUCGAUGUGAACCUCGAGUUCCGCAUAACUCUCACUGGCCCGGAUGACUUGGGACCCCGACCAACUUGCACGAAUGAGCUAGUGGGAUUCCUUUCAUAUUCAAGGUCAAGCCCCAAUGCUGGAGCUAAUGCUUCUGCGGACUGGUCCAUAUCGGGCUCGAUUCAAGAACUGAGUCUCGGUCUGCUCUACGAAUACUUUACGGAAGAGUCACGGGACGUUCUGUACGACAUUCUAAAGGAGAUUCAGCUCCAGGAUGUAUUGGUCGGGUACAGCUCUCAAGACAAUGUGCGCACAUUCGAAGCUCGAGGAACAAUCUUGAUUGCGGGCAGUGUUGAGAUUAGCCUGAGCUAUAUCAGAAAGGCAGCCAAGGACGCUGCUAAGCGCGAUUGGACUUUUGAAGCAAAAAUCGCCAAGAAAAUCGAGCACAAAGUCUCACUCAGAGAUGUGGGACGCGCCAUUUUCGGGCCUGACAGCACAUUCAUCAACGGGCUUCCGUCCUUCCUGGGAGAUGCCGAAGUUCUGAGUCCCGAUACCCCUCCAGUCUUUUCUUUUCACCUUGAACCAGGGACUACGGGUGAAACGGGUGAAGUCCAGUUCAAGCUUGAGCUCGGGAUUGGGAAAGUGAAAGCCACAUUCGUGCAGUUGCAUGAUCCGACGAGAAUAGCUGCGAAGCAAGGACCGAUCCGAUACUUUCAACUCACCUAUACUGGUCUCAAAGUACCCGACGAGAUUCCUCUACCAACAACAUUCAGCGUUCCCUUUGAUGAAAUGCGAUUCUUCUGGGUCAAUGCCGCUCUGGAAUUCCCUGCUCAAGUCAAUGCUGUCAACGCGUUAUUGCAACCCAGCGUACCAGCAGCCAAGAGUCCACAAGGUGGGAAACCGACAGGUCUCGCUGAGGGAUUUCACUUUGCUCUCGCAGCCAAAGGUCAAAUGAUCCUAGACUACCCUGUCGGGAAAACGGCUCAGAAGAAGUCACCUGAUGGAACUGGCGCCACGCCGCCGGAUCCAAAGAAGGGGGAUCCUCCUCUUGGUCCGGACGUAGCUAAGAGCGCCAAAGCACCAUUCAAGAACACGCAAGGCCCGCUUACCAUCAGUCAAGUAAGUUUUGAAUAUUCAAAGAAUUUCCUGGGCGUUCAGUUCGACGCUACAUUCUCAAUGGGUCCAUUGGCCUUUGCCGUGUUUGGAUUCAAGCUUAGCAUGAAUUUCCAAAACGGCAUCAAUAUUCAGAAUAUCGACGUGAAAGAUAUUUCCGUUUCCGUUGCUGGAUUGGCUGCUUCAUUUGACAAGCCACCACUGAAGAUUGAGGGAGGUCUGAUCCAUCAGGAAGAUGUCGAGCGUGAACUCUACGUCGGCGGUAUAACCAUUGGAUUUGUCCCGUGGUUGUUCCAAGCCGCGGGUUUCUAUGGUCGAAAGAAGAAGAACAAGAUCACAGGAUUGGGCGAUGAUUACAUGAGUGCGUUCGUCUAUGCAAUACUCCGAGGACCUCUCAUCACCUUGGAAUUCGCAACCAUUUCAGGCAUCACGGGUGGAUUCGGCUACAAUGUGGGCAUAAACAUCCCAGACAUCAAAGACAUUCCGCGGUACCCCUUGAUAGCGCCAGCUUCAGCCGAUUCAACCAUCGUCGACACGCUCACAAACCUUCUUCAGCCACCCGGCGGGGGAACGCCGUGGUUCUUCCAGGAGAAGGAUGCAAUGUGGCUCGCCGCGGGGCUGACUGUGUCAGCCUUUGAGAUGCUGGAUGUGACGGCUGUACUCAUUGCGCAAUGGAGCCCCCGCCUACAAUUCCACAUUCUUGGUCUGGCGUCUGCAGAUAUCCCCAACGCAAAGUCCCCGUACAAGUUCGCUCGAGUAGAGUUGGGCUUCAAAGCCAGUCUGGAUCCGGACGCAGGCCGCUUUAGUGUUGAAGCACAGCUAUCGCCCAACUCUUAUAUUCUCGAUCCUAGCUGUCACCUGACUGGCGGUUUUGCGUUAUACUAUUGGUUUUCUGGCCCGAAUAAAGGAGACUUCGUCUUUACCAUCGGUGGAUAUCAUCGCGCAUAUGAAGUGCCCACCAUAUAUCCGAAGAACAUUCCCCGGCUCGGCGUCAACUGGGCAUUGGGAAGUAACCUGAGUGUGACAGGCGAGGCAUACUUUGCGAUUACGCCCAAGGUCUGUAUGGGUGGGUUGCAUAUUAACGUAACUCUCUCCAUGGGUCGAUUGCGAGCCUGGUUUGAUGCUUAUGCAGAUUUCCUCAUGAACUUCGCACCAUUCAACUUCCAGGCAGUAGGACACGUCAGUGUUGGCGUUUCUUUUGACAUGGAAGUGUGGUUCAUUCAUGUGCACAUCGCCAUUGAGAUCGGGGCUACGCUUUACAUUCAAGGUCCACCUGUACGUGGCAAGGUGCACGUCGACUUUUGGGUGUUUGGAUUCGAUGUCGAAUUCGGUUCCUCACAAUCCGCCAAUGAAGAAACACUUGACCUGAGUCGCUUCUAUAAACUAGUCCUCGAAUCUGACUCCAAGAUGGCGCAGUCCGUUGCCACGCCGCCUCACGUUUACCUAUGCCUGUCCGGAUUGCUCGGCGACAGGGACGGCCCGGGCAAAGCGUUCAACGCACCAUGGAGUGUCAGAGGAGGGCCACUCAAGUUUAGCAUCGAAGCCAAGUUCGCCAUGGACUGUGCAUUGAUCAAUGGCAAAGGUUGCAAACCGCUUCCAGAGGAAAAGCACGAGAUCUUUGCUAAGCCUAUGAACCUCAAGAAAGCGCUGACAUCUACACUGCAUGUUUCAAUUAAGCAUGUGGAUAGUGAAGAGGAGAGAAAGGAUUGGCGACUCAGACCUGCUUUCAAGGCAGUUCCGAAUGUCAUUUGGGGAGCGUAUGAUGAAGCUUCGGAUCCUAACCAUGGAUCUGGUAACAACUCCAUCGGUUCCCUUCUGAACGGAUCUGAUUCUUUUGUCUCGCUCAUGAUGGGUGUGGAGCUUCAAUCUCCAGUACCACAUGUGUCAAAGGAUUCCUUAUUGCCCUUCGAUGUCGAAUCAGCCAUGGUUAGCAACGUGAACCCCCCAGGCAAAGAUGCCGGCGAGCCUGAUGAGAUAAACUGGCCGUUAUUUCCUACAUCAGAGCACCAGGAUGAUCGUUGGACACCCGCCCAGAGUCUCCCGAAUCCGAACCUCGUGAAAGAUCAGCCAAAACAACAAUGGGAUGCGGUGGAAAAGUGUUGGUCAGCAGUCGAUGCAAAAUCACUCGUCGGAGUAGUAAAUACGUGGUCCGAUUUCCUUGGAUGGGAGAGGGAUGUGGUCCCUGCUAAGAAACCAGAAUUCUUGAUACGCCGGGUUUCAGAGAGGUAUCUGGAGGCGCCGCAUAUUUGUUGCUAA